GCGCAGCGGGCAGACGGAGGAGCCCGGGAGGCUCGCGCGUCCCGCCCGAAGAUGCUGCUGCGGCCGCGCUGCGGGGCCGCCCCAGCCGCGCUGCUCCUGCUAGCCUGGCUCGGCGUUCCAGGUCUUGCUAACAAUGAAGAAGCCCUGAUAAAACCCAAACUGAGUUUCUUAGGGGACCAAGUGCUGAUCCCGGCUGGUUCCCCGUUUGAUGUCACUUGCAGGGGAUCCGCCCCGCUGGCCUGGCAUUGGGGCAACAGCUCAACAAGUGGCUCUUUUCGCAUAUCCGAGCGCCGGUGCCUUGAUGAUGCCCUGCUCAUCUGCAAUCAGCUCACCAUCUUCAGCAUGGUGGCCAGUGAUACCGGCUAUUUCACCUGCAGCUACAAGGACACCUCAGAUUUGGAGGACCCGAGCUUCAUGACUAGGGUGUACGUGUAUGUGAAAAAUGACAGCCAGCCCUUUGUGCAGAGAUACUAUGAUGAACCACUAGUGAUCACUAUAUUUUCUGGAGCACAGGAGGUGAUAGUCCCCUGCCGAGUCACUUCUCCUGACCUAGAUGUCAAGCUGGAUCUGUUCUACCCAGGCAAGUUCAACUACACGAGCAAGGAUUGGAACCCCCAGAAAGGCUUCACGGUCACCCACCCAUCCUACCAGUUCUUCAGCAAUCUGCUCCAGUGCGUGACGAAAGUCAACGGGAAGACCUACGUCUCUCUCUACCUACCCCAGAAAGUGGAAACCAAAAAGGAGAAUAUCUCCAUCAGAGUCAAUCAUCAAAAACUGCUCGCUGGGGAAACCCUGAGUCUGACCUGCACCGCCGAUACCACGUUCAAUGGGCGCAUCAAGCUCGACUGGGAGUACAAGAGGAAAGGGAACAAGACAAAUCUCAAGUGCUGUGAAAUCAAGAGGAACAUGGACCACACAACCCCUGUGUACAAAAGCUACAGUAACCUGACCAUCUGGAAUGUGACUGUGGAGGACAGUGGCCUCUACCGAUGUCAGGAAGGCAAUGGCUCAAGCCUCCAGACCAGCAUCAAUAUCACUGUUCUGGAGAAAGCAUAUAUCAACGUGACCUACAGGCGGAACACUGUCUACGAAGUGACCGCUGGCCAUGGUGUGCAGAAGCUGUCCGUGAGAGUGGAUGCCUUCCCCAGGCCCAAUGUCACCUGGUACAAGGAUGGCCAGCUGAUCCCAGAGAACCUGACGUACCAUUCUGACCCAUUAAGGUACAGACUCACCAUCACAGAUGUGAAAGUGAGGCAUUCUGGGAAUUAUACCAUCGUCCUCAGCAAUACUCAGCAUGGCCUCUAUGAAAACCGAACCAUCCAACUACUUGUCUAUGAGAGACCCAAGAUCUAUGAAAAGGAGACAGACCUGAACAAGACUCAGCCAGUGUUUCUGGGCAGUGAACACAUCCUCCACUGUACGGCAAGUGGUACACCCCCACCGACCUUCCGAUGGGCUUGGGAGCCCUGCAUUGCCAGCGAUGCUUUGUGCAGGGAACGCGGGAAGAGAAUUGAACUUUCUAAGGCUGCUCUUGAGAAAAGCCUGUACCCUGUCAACCAGAUCCAGUCCAUUGAGGAGAUGAUUAUACUGCGUGGGGAGAGGAACAAGACCCUGAGUAUGCUCACCAUCGCUUCCAGCACAAGCUCUGGAGUAUAUGUCUGUACUGCUUACAACAAGGUUGGCAGGGACGAGAGAGUUAUGAAGGUUUACAUCUCAGAUGUGCCAGGACAUGUGGAAACCCAACCUCAGGUCUUGGCAAUUGAGGGCCAUGAUGCCCAGCUCACCUGCAGAGCAGCCAGAUAUGUCUAUGAUGGCCUGGCUUGGUUCAAUCCAUUUGGGGAAAGGGUUCCUGCCUCAUCCACCGAGAGGCGAGUGAACAAAUACUCCAUCUCCUUGACGCUGACCAUUCGAAACGUGUCCCGCCAACAAGAAGGGAAGUACAAGUGCAAGGCCUGGAACCAGAGGAACACCACCGCCGUGCUGGAAAGGACCACGAAGCUCUUCACCAGAGAAAAAGUUGCCCCGUAUGUCAUAGAGAACCUCACAGACCUGGAUGUGAACAGCAGUGGCAAGAUCGUGCUACAGUGUAAAGUGGGGGGGACUCCAACACCUGGCAUCACCUGGCUGAAAAACGGAAAUGCCAUCCUACCAGCCUCAGGCAUCUCCUUGGAGAACAACACCCUGGUUAUUGAACGAGCCAAGAAAGAUGAUGAAGGCACCUACAAGUGCAAAGCCACCAAUGAGAUAGGACAAGUCAGCACCUCAGCCCUCAUUACUGUGGCAGGUUCAGAGGAACGCUCCAGUGUUGAGGUCAUCAUCCUUGUCUGUACUGGCUUGGCAGCCACCCUCUUCUGGCUCCUGUUGACCCUGGUCAUUCGAAAACUCAGAAAGCCUAACGCCCCUGACAUCAAAACAGGCUAUCUCUCCAUCAUCAUGGACCCCGAAGAGGUGCCUCUCGACCAGCAAUGUGACCAACUGCCCUACGACAGCAGCAAAUGGGAAUUUCCCAGGGACCGCUUACGGUUGGGGAAGACUCUGGGUCACGGUGCCUUUGGGAAGGUGGUGGAGGCGUCCGCCUUUGGCAUUGACAAAUCUUCAACCUGCAAAACGGUGGCUGUGAAAAUGCUGAAAGAAUGUGCAACCUCCAAUGAGUGCAAGGCCCUGAUGUCAGAGCUGAAGAUCCUCAUUCACAUCGGCCACCACCUGAAUGUGGUCAACCUGCUGGGGGCCUGCACCAAGCCUGGAGGUCCUCUGAUGGUCAUCGUGGAGUUCUGCAAGUAUGGAAACCUAUCCAACUUCCUGCGAGGGAAGAGGGGAGACUUUAUUGCCUAUAAGACCCAAGACACCUCGGAACAAGGGGAGAAGAAAGCAGAGGACUCGGACUGUGACCUCACGGAGCUCACCAAGAGGCGGCUGGAGAGCGUGGCCAGCACCGGCAGUUCUGCCAGCUCUGGCUUCAUUGAAGACAAGACCUAUAGCGACUCAGAGGAGGAGGAGGAAGACUCUGAAGAUCUGUCUAAACGACCUCUGACCUUGGAGGAUCUGAUCUGCUACAGUUACCAAGUGGCCAAGGGCAUGGAAUUCCUCGCCUCCCGCAAAUGCAUUCACCGGGACCUGGCUGCUCGCAACAUCCUCCUGACUGACAACAAUGUGGUCAAGAUCUGUGACUUCGGCCUGGCCAGAGACAUCUACAAGGACCCUGACUAUGUCCGGAAGGGAGACGCCCGACUCCCACUCAAGUGGAUGGCCCCUGAAGCAAUCUUUGAUAAGAUUUAUACUACCCAGAGUGAUGUGUGGUCAUUUGGAGUCCUGCUGUGGGAAAUAUUCUCCCUGGGUGCUUCACCCUACCCAGGGGUGCAAAUAGAUGAAGACUUUUGCCUCCGGCUCAAGGAAGGCAGCCGCAUGAAAUCCCCUGAGUAUUCGACUCCAGAAAUCUAUGAGACCAUGCUUGAUUGCUGGAAUGGUGUAUGCACAGAGAGACCCACCUUCACCGAGCUGGUCGAGCGCCUUGGGGACCUUCUGCAGGCCAGUGUUCAGCAGGAAGGCAAAGACUAUAUCCCCCUCAACAUGAUUGACAAGGACCUCGACUUCAAGGCCAGCCCCGUGGAAGAGAAUCUGAGCAAUGGCCCUACUCACCGGAGCACUGAGGAAGAUAGCAAUGGCAUCCAGAUGCGUCCCCUGAGCGGCAAGACUUCCAGUGAGAUCCUUGUGGAGCCCAAGAAAACCAGGCUUGAGGAGAACAAGUUGGAAGGCGGGAUGGUGCUGCCUUCAAUGAAGCGCCUGGAGACUCGGUCCUGGCCAUAUGGACUCAUGGCAUUAGCCCUGAGAGCAACCAGCAGAAGCAAGGAGUCCGUGCUGCUUUCCGAAGAGAAGGAGGCUCUGAAGCCCCAGGCACCAGCCCAGCUGGAUGAGGAUGACCCUCUGGCCUAUGCCCUGGAGGACUCCAUCCUUCUGCCUUUGGAUCCAGCCCUUGAGUGUCACAGCCCACCCCCCGACUACAAUUCUGUGGUCCACUACUCCGACUCACUAGUGUAACUCUUGGCCAGUAUCCCCCCACAGCCACCCAGCUCCUCCCCCCCCUCAGUUCCAGCAUCUGCCAUCUCCCCUAGCACCCCCUUCUUCCCCCGCCCCCCAAGAGAAUCAAUCCAUGAGCACCUCUCACAGCUGUACUCUCACAGGGACGGGAUGGACAAGAAGGGAAUAGGGAGGGGGGAAAUCUCGCUCGAAAAGUCUCUGCUCUUUCUUUGGGGCCCCUGCUGCUCAGACCAUGCUUCAAACCUGACUCCAGAGAGGGAGGCUGCGUCUUUUACAGUUUUUGACUACUGUCUCCCCAGCCCAUCCAUUACACAGCCCCCUGCAGCCAUCACCCAUACCCCCACAGCCCGGCCAGGUCACCAUUGCUCAGAUAUCGUAACAGAGGGCCAGCUCAUCAGAGCGGGGCUCCAGGCCCCCAGUCAGAAUGCCUAAGACCUUAAAAGGGCUUUCUUAGGCCCCAACACCAAGGGAGGCCCCAGUGGAAUUCAACAGUAGGUGUGAGAAGGGCAGAGCCAUGUGUGGCCAAGGUUUCCCCUAAGCUCUCACCCCCUCCACUGGCUUCCUGCUUUCCCUGGCUACCUCAUGCCACUGGUGGUCUUCAUCAGGUUCAGUGGGCCCUGUUUAUGCCCUCUCAGCCAGCAUCUACUCUGUAGGCCCUACCAGGUGAUGGAUGACCCCUGUGCUAUUCCCCAGCCGUACUUAGCACUUUGUUCCCAGAAUUCCCUUUGGGUCCUCCAGGCGUUCCUGAUCAUGUGCUGUGUGUGCGUGCAUGCAUGUGAGUGUGUGUGUGUGUGUAAACAUGUGCCCACAUAUGCUGGCCACACUAUCUAGAGGGACACUUGAGCACCUGCCAAGGAAAGGGUAAUCAAUGAUCCCAUCCUGUUUCUACCCUCUGAUGUUGGCCAGGGCCCUUGGGAGAGGACCCCGAGCAGCAUCAGACUUCUGGACAUUUCUCCUUGAGAGCUGAUUGCUCUUCACACUUAAUGUGACAAUACGGGGCAGCUUACUCAGAGGUCAGCUAAGUCUAUUGAAUAUUGAGCACAGAACCUCCCCUUAUUAUAUAGGAUGAUCAGAUUUAAAGCUGACUAGUCUAAGCCUCUUCUUUUACACAUGAGAAAACAGAGGCAGACAGAAGGGGAGUAACUCACCCAAGUCACACAUCCAUUAAGGGGAAGAGCCAGGAUUUGAACCCAGGCCCACCAAGUCCAAAUCCAGUGCUUUAAACCCCACUGCUUGAUGGGAGGUGGUGAGGAGCAAGGAAAGUGAAGGCUCUAGAAAACCCCUUGUUUCCAUAUAUGAGAGCUGAAAAAUCAAAGGGAGGCUCUAAGACCCUCUGGACCCUCACCAUUUUGAAAAAUUCAACCAGAAUGCUCCAAGGCUUGUCACCUGACAAGUAAUUGACAGUGAUGUCUCUUCCCUCCAAUUUCUUCCAUUGGUCAUAAGCUAGACCUCCCAAAGGACCUAGAGCAGCUAGACAUGGGGGGCCCAGUGGGAGCCUGGCACGGGCCAGAGAAAUGCCUGUUUAGCUGAUGCUUGGACAUUUCUGUUCCCCCAUCCCCAGCAUCUCACCAUGACCCAACAAUCAUACCUCCCCCCCACC